CAGUGGAGGGGUUGGCAGAGAGGGGUGGAUGACACAGAGUGCAGGCCAGUGGAGGGAUUGGCAGAGAGGGGUGGAGGACACUGAAUGGGGGCCAGUGGAGGGAUUGGCAGAGAGGGGUGGAGGACACUGAAUGGAGACAAGUGGAGGGAUUGGCAGAGAGGGGUGGAGGACACAGAGUGGAGGCCAGUGGAGGGAUUGGCAGAGAGGGGUGGAGGACACUGAAUGGGGGCCAGUGGAGGGAUUGGCAGAGAGGGGUGGAGGACACUGAAUGGAGGCCAGUGGAGGGAUUGGCAGAGAGGGGUGGAGGACACUGAAUGGAGACCAGUGGA